ACACCGUAUUCCCAUCCAGGUUCAUCCUCCGUCAGUAUUAAAAUUGGAAGUGUUGCAUUUCUAUUUUCCUUAUUUCUUAAAUCUAGGGUUAGGGUUUGUGAGUGUGAAAUAAUUACAUGGAAAGUUCUGCUUCUGCUUCUACUAGAAUUCGGUAUUUCCGCUGUAGUUUAUUCGAGCGUUGCUGUUUCUGUCGCUGUUUCUGCUGUUGCUGUACAUAUCCUUGAGUCUAAAGUUUCGGAUUUUGUUUGGUUUAUUUAAUUGUUUCUUGUUUUGAUAUGGAUUUAUCGCAAUCCCAAUCGGGUCUAUCGCUAGGGUUUCACUCACACACAUCAUCGAAUCCAAUUCCUUUACAGUUACUUGACCAAAAAGAAGAGAAUUUCAACCUGAUUUUGAAAAAUGAUAAUAAUGAUGAUAAUUUAACUGAGGAAGAGGAGAAUUUUAGCAUUUUAGGUCACCCAAUGUGUCUGAAGAGGCAAAGAGGAGGCGAUGGUCAAUCAUCCUCAUCAUCAUCGUCAUCACCUAACCCUUCCAAGCGAACUGCCAUCGAACCACCUGGGCUUGAGUCUCGGCGAGCCAUGGUUCGAGCUUGGGGGAACCAGCCACUUCCUUUUGCAGACCCAGAGAUUCAUGAAAUUAUGGAGAAAGAGAAGCAGAGGCAAAUUAAAGGUAUUGAACUUAUAGCUUCUGAGAAUUUUGUUUGUCGGGCUGUUAUGGAAGCUCUUGGUAGCCACUUGACUAAUAAAUACUCUGAGGGAUUGCCUGGGUCGAGAUAUUACACGGGUAAUCAGCUUAUUGACCAGAUAGAAUCAAUAUGUUGUAAUCGGGCACUAGUGGCGUUUGGGCUUGAUUCUGAUAAAUGGGGUGUCAAUGUGCAGCCGUAUUCAUGUACUUCUGCAAAUUUUGCUGUUUACACUGGGCUUUUGUUACCUGGGGAUAGGAUUAUGGGUUUGGAUUCUCCUUCUGGCGGGCAUUUGAGCCAUGGGUAUUGUGUUCCUGGAGGUAAAAAGGUGUCUGCUUCGUCCAUUUUCUUUGAGAGUCUGCCUUAUAAAGUGAAUCCUCAAACUGGCUAUAUUGAUUAUGAUAAGAUGGAGGAGAAGGCUAUGGAUUUUAGACCCAAGAUACUUAUUUGUGGUGGAAGCUCAUACCCGAGGGAAUGGGAUUAUGCCAGGUUUAGGCAAGUUGCUGAUAAGAUUGGAGCGGUGCUAAUGUGUGACAUGGCUCAUAUUAGUGGCCUUGUAGCAGCUAAGGAGUGUGCAAGUCCAUUUGAUUAUUGUGAUGUUGUUACUUCCACGACUCAUAAAAGUCUUCGAGGUCCAAGAGGAGGAAUAAUUUUUUUCCGGAAGGGCCAAAAAUCAAGGAAGCAAGGAAAUCUUCUUAAUCAUGGUGAUAGUAGUAGCCAUUAUGAUUUUGAAGAAAGGAUAAACUUUGCAGUUCAUCCAUCAUUACAAGGUGGUCCUCACAAUAAUCACAUUGCUGCUCUUGCUAUAGCCUUAAAACAAGUAGCUAGCCCAGAGUAUAGAACAUAUAUGCAACAGGUGAAGAAAAACGCCCGCACGUUAGCAUCUGCCUUAUUGAGAAGAAAAUGCAGAUUGGUGACUGGGGGUACUGACAACCAUUUGUUGCUAUGGGAUCUAACUACUCUUGGCUUGGCAGGGAAGAACUAUGAGAAAGUAUGUGAAAUGUGUCACAUCACUUUAAAUAAAAGUGCUAUAUUUGGUGAGAAUGGUGCUAUCUGUCUUGGUGGGGUGAGAAUUGGCACUCCUGCUAUGACAUCAAGAGGCUGUUUAGAGGGUGAUUUUGAAACGAUUGCUGACUUUCUUCUUAGGGCAGCUCAAAUCGCGUGUGCGAUACAAAGGGAACAUGGGAAAAUUCAGAAAGAGUUUCUCAAGGGUCUACAAAACAAUAGAGACAUUGUUGAGCUCCGAAAUCGCGUUGAGACAUUUGCUUCCCAGUUUGCAAUGCCAGGAUUUGACUUUUGAAAAUGUAAAAGAGGCAACUUGCUUGCUUGCGUGAUUGUCUUCUUGCUUCUAUGGCUUCCUCUUAAUGGUAAUCUGUUCAUUUCUUACAUACUAUAUUUUUCAUUCAUAUCUUGUAAAUUACAGAUAUAGGUGAAUCUUCUGGAUAUGCUGAGGAAAUAUAGCAAUAUCUAUUUUUGGAAUUGUAUUUUCCUGAUUUUGUAAAGAUUCAAAAAAAAAAAAAAGUUAUUUACCUCUA